AACGAUCGAGCCGAAUGCUUUGUUCGACUAGACGAUCCUUCAGUAGAAGGUCGACAAUUCGAGCUUGGCAUGGGUGGUGUUCAAGCUGAAUACAACACACUCAUGGCAACUCGGUUGAUUGGCAACAGCCUUUCAUGGAUGACAGUUAGUUGUCUCAAUUGCUCGACGGGCAAUGUCUAUUCAAUACAGCGAGCUACGAAUACCAAUGAGCGUUUCACAGAAACGUAUCCUGUCGAUAUUCACUCUCUUUACCGAACUGGCGAUCGCGUUAUUAUCCAUGAUAACACUGUGGUAUGUCUUUUACAACAAGUGCUUCUAUGAGCAACAACAACAAGGUCAAAGCAGUAUUACAAAAGAAAAACGCAGAAUUUGAUGACAAUAGUAAUAGUAGCAACAACAUACCAGGCGAUCUGUAUUCACAACACGGUCAACUUCGACAGAUUCUGGAAAAGACGUUAAAACAAAUGCAACAGUCGACCGAGCAACGGAUUAAACAGUUCCAACAAGACCAACUCCAGCAAUUGGAACGUGCAUCAACACAAGCCAAAUGCGACCGUAAUUUCUUAUGGCAAAAGAUUUUAGAAGCUUCGAGAACGGUGAAUGAAGAAAAGCAGUUGAGAAAGCGAUUAUCUGAUCCAGAGCAUCAGCUAGCAGAAAUCGGUGGUCACGUUCGGUUCGCCGAACAACAACAACAAGCACCCUCUUCCUCGACAGCAAGCUCGUAUAAUGCAACACGACCUAUAGUACAGCAUCAUCAACAACAACAACCGAUUUCGACAUCUUCGUUUAUUACGCCUGCAUCAUUAAGGAAAUCGAGUUUUGCAUUGGAUGAACGUGUCAUUACGUCAAGUUGGAAGAAUACGAGUCAUCUUCAUCAUCAGGGUUUAGGAGGAGGAUUAGGUCAAGCAAAGACGUUGAUAGCCACGAUGCAACAUUAUCGGAUCGCGAUAAUACCGAUGAUGAUCACGAGGAUGAUGGGAGCGAUGAUGGGCUUUUUGAUCUGGAUGAAGAAAUUGAUAAUGAGGAGGAGAAUGAGGAUAUUACACAAGAAUCAUCAAAUGGUGGUGAUAAGCAUCAUCAGCAGCAAGCCACUGAGAGCAACAAUCAUAAUAAUACCCAUACUACUGCUACUGCUACUUCUAGUAUGAGUGCAAGUUACCAAGGAUCCUCGUUUGACUGGUCCAAAAAGCGGAAAUCCAAUACCAAGUAUUUAACAACCUAUGAAGAAGAUGACGAUGAGGAACCAGAAAGUCGGACAAGACGACUCCAAGAUCGUGGCAAUGAUACGCUAUCAACAUCCGUUUCAGCCUACGCCACAUCCAUGCCGAUUGCCAUCAGCCAUAAUAACGAUAGUAGUUUCAGCGACGCCAUGAAAACCAUGGCCAACAACGAAAAAAGCAAAGCGGUCAAUCCAGCGGAUCAAGAUCCUACGAUCAAUAAUAGUAGUGCGACAGCAACAUCAUCCAGUAUGCAAAAGAAUGAUGCGCAACAGAACAACAAGGAAUA